AUGCGGGACGUGGAGCUUGCAGAGCAGGUGCGGUCGUUCGUGAAGCUCGCAAACGCCACUCAGACGUCUCAGCUGCACGAGUGGAACCUCGAAUCGCUGCAAAGAGCUCUACAAUGGGCACGUGUAGCUGAAGAUGCAGGAGCUGACACUGAUGUAAUGCACGGCAAGAUCGAGAGGCGAAUUCGAGAAUGGUUUCCAGUCGCCACACUGCCUACUUUGCCAUUACAUGAUGCUUUGACAGCAGACGCUCUUCGUCAUGGACGAGUCCAUUUGCUGCAGUCGAUUCUUCAAAGUCCAUUCCUCGCGUCCCAUCCCACGCGGUCGGAAUUGCUCUUUGCAGUGCUGAAGGCAAUGCAACAGAGACGCGAGGAUGCUACUGCUAAGUUGUCAACGGAAGAGCUCGAGGAGCAUUCAGCCACUAGUGCAUUGCUGACGGAGAAGGUAGUCGGAGCUUCUCGUAUGAAUGCUUUGCUGGCAAUAGCUCGUCGAAUGAGCGACAGCUGCAAGUGCAUUCGGGUACAAGUACUUACUGGAUGGGUUGCAGUGCCGCCACUCAAGAGCUACGCUCUUUCGCCGCGCACACUCCAAUUGAGAGCCAUGGCGAAGACGUUGCAGCGAAAUGCUGGCGACGCCCGUGCCGCAGUGAAGCCUGAAACGUACCAGACUUUCUUGACGAACCUGCGCGAAUGCUUUGAGACGCCCGAGAGUCACGACGUUCGGGAAGUGGUGCUACUGAUGCUCGUAAUGUGUCCAUGGCCAAUAGAAGAGCCGCUGCAGCUUCGAGGAAUGAAGGAAGAUCUCAUGACGAUUGUGCGUGAGUGGAUAGCGUGCAAGCCCAUUCGGUUCUGGACUUUUCGACCUUGGUUGGCCGCCAUGUUAGCGACUCAGUCCGAAGGUCUGACAAGCACGUAUGUGUCCAAGCUAUUCGGGGCAGGACUUCUACCACCUUGGGAGAAUGAGUUUGCUGAGCGCGUUGCGACGUUAGUCGUAAAGGCCAACAACGUCGAGCAUGUACUCACGCCGUUCCUCGUCAAGCUGGACCCGCACUUGCAACAUGCUUACUUUGACGUAAAACUCGGUCCGUGA